UACAACAUUCAGAUGAUGAAGACAGCAGUUCAGAAGAUGAAGAAACUAUUGAUAAGGUUACUGAGAAGAAAAAUAAGUUUUUUGAAGAACCUCCUCCUCAGCUGAAACAUCAAAAUUUUGCAACAAUGAAUUUGUCAAGACCUUUAUUGAAGGCUAUAAAUGAGUUGGGAUUCAAUCACCCCACACCUAUCCAGGCAUCAACUGUUCCAGUGGCCCUGAUGGGUAAAGACAUCUGUGCGUGUGCAGCUACAGGAACAGGUAAGACAGCAGCCUAUAUGCUUCCAAUACUGGAGAGACUGAUUUACAGACCACAACAGUCUGCCAUGACAAGAGUGCUCAUUUUAACUCCCACUAGAGAACUUGCCAUUCAGGUGCACUCUGUGACCAAAACCUUGUCCAAACACACAAACAUCCAGGUCUGCCUGGCCACAGGUGGUUUGGAUAGUAAGAUUCAAGAAGCAGCUUUGAGGAAAGGACCUGAUAUUGUGAUUGCUACACCUGGGAGACUUGUGGAUCAUCUGCAUAAUACUCCUUCAUUCAGUCUACAAACUGUGGAGAUUAUUGUCCUGGAUGAAGCUGACAGGAUGCUUGAUGAGAACUUUAAAGAUCAGAUGGAAGAAAUUGUCAAACUUAGUCCACGAGGAAGGCAAACAAUGUUGUUCUCGGCUACAAUGACAGACGAGGUGGAGGAACUUGCAACUCUUUCACUAAAUCAACCAGUAAGGCUAUUUGUGGACAAUAACACAGACGUGGCCCACAACUUGAGACAAGAGUUUGUAAGGAUCAGGAACAACAGGGAGGAAGACCGUUUAGCUAUCGUGACAGCGCUUUGCAGUCGAACUUUCCAAGAACACUGCCUGGUAUUCUUACAAACGAAAAACUUGGCUCACAGACUACGAAUCGUCUUAGGGCUCCUCGGGUUGAAUGUUGAAGAACUUCAUGGGAACUUGACUCAGCUUCAGAGACUGGAAGCCUUAAGGAAAUUCAAGGCUGGCGAAGUUGACAUUUUAUUGGCUACAGAUUUAGCAUCCAGGGGAUUAGAUAUUGUUGGAGUUAAAACGGUGAUAAAUGCAAGCCUGCCACCAACAAUGAAACAGUACAUUCACAGAGUGGGAAGAACGGCUCGUGCAGGACGGAGUGGGAGAUCCGUGUCACUAGUUGGAGAGAAAGAAAGAAAAUUGCUGAAAGAAAUUGUGAAAUCAGCAAAGACGCCUGUGAAAAGUAGAAUAGUUCCUCCGGAGGUGAUUGAGAAAUACAAAGGUAAAAUCCAAGGACUUGAUAAAGACUUGAAGGAUAUUCUAAAACAAGAAAGCGAAGAAAAAGAGCUGAGGAUCUCUGAGAUGGAGAUGAAUAAGGCACGCAACCUUAUAGAACACGAGGAAGAAAUUUUCUCCAGGCCUCCUCGGGUGUGGUUUCAGAGCAAAGCAGACUUGAAAAGGAAGUCUGAUAAAGCAGCGAAUGAUCCGGCCAGCAAGAAAUCUAAACAAGAUAAAAAGAAAAAGAACACAGCAAACGUAAAUGAAAGUGAGGAAGACAAAAAGAAACGAAAAGAAGCAGAAUUCAUCACGCGGGAAGCUAAGAGAUCGAGGAAAAAGAAACGGUUACACGCGUUUCCACCGGACAAACCCGACCUCAAACUUAAAGGAAAAUCAUCGAAGACGAAAGCAACUAACAGUGGUAGCAGUUCACGGCUGAAGGCUUUUGAUAAAGAACUUACGGAUACAAGUAAAAAGGCGCUUAAAACUUUUAGACAGAGUUCAACACCUGAUGAGGCAAAGAAAUUUAAGAAAAAUCCAGGAAGAUUUAAAUCCAAGAAAAGGUACAAAAGGAGAUGACAUACUGUGCAGAGAACGGCGUAAGAUGUUAACAGUGUAAACUAAAGACUAUGACUGUCUGAGAAGAUCUUCGCGAAUUUAAGUUUGUUACUGUUGACAGAGAUAAUGAUGAAUUUUCUCCAGGCAAAAAAAAAAAGGAAA